GGGGCUACGAUGGCAUCCAGUCGAGGGGCCCUAGUCACCGUUGGACAGCUCUCCUGCUAUGACCAGGCCAAGCAGCUGGUUCUCGCCACCGGGUUGCUGUCAGACAACAUCUUCACUCACUUCCUGGCCAGCUUCAUCGCUGGCGGAUGUGCCACGUUCCUGUGCCAGCCCUUGGACGUGCUCAAGACCCGCCUCAUGAACUCCCAGGGCGAGUAUCGGGGCGUUUCUCACUGUGCCAUGGAAACUGCCAAGCUUGGACCUCUGGCCUUCUACAAGGGCUUCGUUCCUGCGGCCAUCCGGCUCAUUCCUCACACCGUCCUCACCUUUGUCUUCCUGGAACAGCUGCGCAAAUAUUUUGGGAUCAAAGUGAUCACCUGAGUGGGAGGGAUGGGACCCUGCCUCGCCCCGCGGGCCUCUCCGGGGACGAGCACGCAGAUGCCAGAGCUCUCCGUUGCCUGGGGCCGGGCUGCCCCCGCCCCUCCAUCCCGCUCCCACGCCUCGCCAGGGCCUGGGGCCAGCCGGUCUCAGGGUCCCCUUUCCUCUCUCUCCCCCGUUCUCAUAUCGGUUACCGGUGGGCUGUUCUCAGGCCCCUUGUUCGUCCUGCACCCCGGUUGUGUGCUCUCUUCCCCGCGUGGUUCCUGUGCAGGCUUGGAGAGGCUGACGCAGCAAGGGGCCCCCGUUUCUGCCCCUCACGGCCCCCCCGGAGCAGGACUCCUGCGGGGAAGGGAGGAAUCGGCCUCCUGCCUCUCCGCCUGGUCGCCGAGUCUCGAGGCGACGGGGGCUGGUUGGGGGCCAGUUUUACUUGUGACCGUGCCGCAGCCAGGCUCCUGCAGCGCGCGCAGGGCUCACUUGCUCCCAGCCUCUCCUGCCAACAGCAAAGGGAGACGCAGGUCCCGGGCACCAAGGCGCUGCCCCCUUUCAGCACCGCCGGCCCCGCUUCUUGCGCCCCUCCGCUGGCCCCGGCGCCGCUUGGCAGGUGCCUCCCCUCAUGCGCCGCUCUGCUUCCCCGGCCUCCCCUCGCCCCUCCCCUCGCUCGCCAAAACUCGCCAGCGCCCGCGGCCGCUGGGCGCUGCAGGGAUCGUGCCUCACGCCGGUGAUGACCCUCCGGGAGCGGACCCAAGGGGCGGGGGCUGCCGCUCGGCCCUCCUGCCCUGCUGGCGGGCGCGGGCCGGGGCUGCCUCGCGUGGCCUGCCCUAGCCCGGGGUAAGGCCAGCAGCUGCCCCCGGCCCCCGCCUCGAGCCGGCUGCAGGUAGCAGAUCCGGGGCGCCUCGGCCGGAGCUGAGGCAGUGCCGAGGUCGCUCAGAAGCACCUUGGGCGGCUGCGAAAGAGCGGGGAGGUUUGGCCCAGCCUCGCCUGUGCUCGCCGCGGGGACGGACGGCGCAGGCAAGGUGCUGCGGCGCGGGGCCGGCCCUGGCUGGAGGGCUGGGUUGGCGCGCUCCGGGGUCCCCGUGCAGCGCGCUGAGCCGUGCUCGGACCCGGCCGUGGUGCAAGUGUCGUCCGGCGGCCCUCUGCCCUCUGCGGCCUCGCCAGCCCCGAGCGCUUCCCGUGCCUCCUCCCCGCCGCUGCCUCGCGGCCGCCCUCGCCCCACACUGCCCUGCCCUGCACACGGGGCUGCGGGCACCAGCCCCUCUGCCACGUGCAACCCUGUGCAUUGCAGCCCCGAGGGAUCAAAGAACUGGAAUAUCUGUGACCUUAAUAUAUAAUAAACAACAGUGGAACCA